AUGCCUGUCCCCUUCGAGACUCUGCUCCCGUACGCCAUCAUGGUUGUCAUGUUUGGUGCCACCGGAACCGGUCUCGCUGCUAUCCGCACCUGGCAAAAUGACGGCAAGCGUCCUCGCUAUUCCCUCGACCAGUGGGACAAGCAAAUGAUGGAGCGCGAUAACCGUCUCACAGGGAGACCGCGUGGGCAAACGGACAAGCCCGAGGCUCCAUUUGGGUUCGAAUACUCGAAUGGGUGGAAGCUCGAAAAGCGCUACAACUAG